GUUGGGUACUUGUUGCUAGCUGCAGAUUUAAAGACUUUUUAACUUUGCUGUUUAAUUAAGUCUGUGGUUGAGUAAACACACAGAAGCGUUGAUCUUUAGAUAACCAGAACAAACACAAUAUCAUGGGAUCUUAAAAGGUUUAUUAGGAGCUAAUUUAACACAGGCUAUUGGUUUAAGUGGUUUAGUACUAAAUGACCCAUUUUAUUACAUAUUACUAGUAAUGACCCAGACUGUAAUAAUUCUUCCUAACCUGACCAGUGAACAAGAACGAUUCUUUCCAUAGAGACAAGAAAAGUUUGUCGGUGUUAAACAGUUAUUUAUUUUGCGGUAAGGCACCAGAUUUUAAAAUGAAAGCGGGGACAUUUUGUAGUUCAAUGGUCAAGAUAUCAUUAAAAUCUUAUUUGUUAUUAUGAAUUAAAAAACGAGCAAAAAACCUUUUUGAAUGUUUUCGUAUUUUAUGGGUUUGUGAACACCAAAAAAACAUCUAGUCAUUUUGCGCUAAAAUAGUUUUUACUGUAAUUCUGUUCACUGUGAAAAGCAACAAGUAUCAUUCCUUACUGCGAAUUUUGUCUAGGUCAUGGCUGUCUCUAAAUGAGAUCGGGACUAGUUACGUUUCUAUAAUUAGUACAGGCAGGCACUGGUAAAGGGUCAGAAAGCCCUUAUAAUCUGUCCCAGUCAUCCCUGUGUGAUUAUCAGGACAACCGUGAGCCGAGCAAAGCUUCAUUUCCUUGAGUGCCCUGCAUGUCAUUGGGUGUGUGUUCAUGUGUUCACUGUGCACUCUAGUAGACAUCUGACGUUAGCAGUACUAACAUGAUUUGGAAGGCAAAUUUGCGUAGUGUAAACGCCUGGAAAAUUCAGAAAGCGAGUGGUUUGUAAGCAUACUCAUGGCUUCCUGUUGAAAAUGUAUAUAUGUUGUGUUUUGGAUUCUGGUGUGCACAGCUUUAGCUACGGUUGCAUAAACUAGGAUAGACCAGCAAAAUGAUUAUAUUGGUUUAAACUAGUCUUUUCAGAAGGGUUGUAAAGAGUGUUGUUCCUCUGUUUUAUAGAAAUGCGUGAAUGAUCUAGAUAUGUGAUCAUCGCUAUCAUAUUGAGUUUUUACAGGAUUCGAUUUCAUUGAAGUCGUUGAUCUGAAAUGUGUGAAUCAUACUGACAGGCAACAUUUUCAACCAACAGCCUCAGCGGAAAAUUUAAAAAAGCCAACAUGGACACUUUUUUCCGACGUCAUUUCAAGAGGAAAGAUGUCGGAGAAGUGGUGCACGAUGGACCCGAACCCUGUCGCCACAGAAGGCCGAGCAUUGCGGUGCCAACCAGCCGUGCUCGGCGCCGCUCCAGCGUAGGGCUUCCGUCGACCGCGCUGUCCCAUCGCCGCCGCUCGAGCGUCCAGCUUCAGUCGUUACCUCGAAUAGCACCGUCACUAAAGACGAAUGGCAGGCGGAGAUCCAGCACCACCACGCCGAAGGCCAAUCCACGCUUCGCCGUACGCCGAAAGAAGGUAGGCAAACUCCGCAACAUUGACACUCACCUCCUUGGUCCAUCCAUGCUGCUGGCCAGCCUGAUCCAGAUGACCGAAGAGGAAGAAGAGGAUGAGGAUGCCCGUACUGCACUGCCAGGACAGGUGGAGCUCAAGGGAAGCACCCCGAAGUUCAGAAGCCACACAGACGUGCUCUCGGAGGGGGAUAGUGAUAGCGAAGACUCCAGCGAAGACUCGGACGACAGCCGGCGCACAGACCCGUUCGAAGAGCUCCCGGAGGAGGCCGACAUAUCGGAUUUGGAGAUCAAAGAGUCCGGCAUCUUGUGCCAGCAGGACUGCCUUCCUCUGGCUGCGGUGGCGGAGCGGGUCCAGGCCCACCCGCUGAUCCGAGUUCCACGCUGCCUUCGGAGGAAUUCGUCGCAUUACGGGCACGCGGAGACGGCCCCGCAUGGCCGCUACUGCCGCAGCAGCCAGAGGAGGCGCCGCAGACGGGUAUCCACCAUCUCGAAAGCAGGAAGCCCUUGGCCGGGGAGAGGCCUGCCGCUACCAAACCGAAGAAGCUCCACCUGCUACAGGGGUCAGGGGGCUCUCAAUCCUCUUCUCGAGGCUUAUUACGACCCCAGGCUGGAGUCUUGGAGCGGAUUCCUGUCGAAAGCCAUCGCCAAAACGGGCGUACAACAAAACCCUGCCCAGUCUAGUAGCUCUUUACCUGCCAAAAGUGAACCCCAGAAAGAGAUCUGCAGCACCGUCGAUUGGACCGAAGAUGCCCAGUAUGGCCAACACGUGUGGUUUGAGACCAGUCCAGCUGGAGAUUUCUGUUACGUUGGGGAGACCUACUGCUUUGCAAAGUCAAUGCAAAAGUCUCUUCCUCGACACAAAUGUGCAGCUUGUAAAAUAGCAGUUCAUACCGAUUGCAUGGAUCAGCUGGAGAAGAUUAACUUUAAGUGUAAGCCAUCAUUUCGAGAUGCAGGAAUGAGAAACGUCAGAGAGGCACCAAACAUGAAGCAUCACUGGGUCCACAGAAGACGACAAGAUGGAAAAUGUCGACACUGUGGAAAGGGUUUCCAUCAGAAAUUCUCUUUUCAAAGUAAAGAUAUUGUGGCCAUCAGCUGCUCAUGGUGCAAGCAAGCAUACCACAACAAGGUGAACUGCUUCUUGCUGUCGAAAAUCGAAGAGCCGUGUCCCCUCGGAGCUCACGCGGCCGUGAUCGUUCCUCCGACCUGGAUCGUCAGAGUCCGCAGACAUCAGACAUCAUUAAAAAACAGUAAGAGAAAAAAGAAGACAUCUUUAAAAAGCAAGACUUGCAAAAAACCCACAGAGCAGGACGGCAAAUGGAAACACUUUGUCGUGAAACCGAUCCCUUCCCAGCUUGCCAAACCUCUGCUGGUGUUCGUCAAUCCAAAAAGUGGAGGAAACCAGGGAACCAAAAUUAUGCGCUCUUUCAUGUGGUACCUGAACCCUCGGCAGGUGUUUGACCUCACUCAGGGCGGCCCCAAAGAUGGGUUAGAAAUGUACAGCAAAGUGCCCAAUCUGCGUAUCCUGGUUUGUGGAGGAGAUGGAACGGUCGGCUGGAUCCUUUCUGUACUGGAUGAGCUCCAGUUAAAACCUCAGCCUGCAGUGGCCGUGCUGCCUCUCGGGACGGGAAACGACCUGGCCCGAACUCUCAACUGGGGCGGGGCAUACACUGAUGAGCCGGUGACCAAGAUCCUGUCUCAUGUGGAAGAGGGCAACAUCGUCCAACUGGACCGAUGGAACCUGAGCGUGGAGCCAAACCCGGAGGCCAACGAUGAGGACAAGGAUGAACAACAGACAGAUAAACUUCCCAUCGACGUCUUUAACAAUUACUUCAGCCUUGGGUUCGAUGCACACGUGACGCUGGAGUUUCAUGAAUCUCGAGAGGCCAAACCAGAAAAGUUCAACAGUCGCCUUCGCAAUAAAAUGUUUUACGCUGGAACGGCGUUCUCAGACUUUCUGAUGAGAAGCUCCAAAGAUCUUUCCAAACACAUCCGAGUGGUGUGUGAUGGCGAUGACCUGACCAGUAAAGUGCAGGAUUUGAAACUACAGUGUCUUCUUUUCCUCAAUAUUCCCAGAUAUUGCGCGGGUACCAUGCCUUGGGGAAACCCGAGCGAACAUCAGGAUUUUGGACCUCAGAGACACGACGAUGGACUUAUAGAGGUCAUCGGAUUCACGAUGACCUCUUUGGCGACCCUGCAGGUUGGAGGUCAUGGUGAGAGACUUCAUCAGUGUCACGAGGUGCUCUUGACCACCUUCAAGCCCAUUCCUGUGCAGGUGGAUGGAGAGCCCUGUAAACUGGCUCCAUCCGUCAUACGUAUCACCCUCAGGAACCGGUCCAACAUGCUUCAGAAGACCAAGAGAAGAAUCUCUAUUCAACAGUUAAACGAUCAACUUCCCAUCACGGAGAACCUUAAGAUCCAGGUGAAUCGGAUCAGCAUGUGUGAUUAUGACGCUCUGCAUUACGAUAAGGAGAAGCUCAAAGAGGCCUCUAUUCCUAUGGGAGUAAUUACGGUUCCUGGGAGCAGCGAUCUGGAGACAUGUCGGCAACAUAUCGAAAAGUUACAAGAGGAGGGGGAUGGUGUUAAUACAGACACACCACACAUGCCAAAACUUUCACCAAAAUGGUGCUUCCUGGACUCGACAACUGCAGAUCGUUUCUACAGAAUAGACCGCGGCCAGGAGCAUCUAAACUACGUGACAGAAAUCUCCCAGGAUGAGCUUUAUAUCUUGGACCCGGAGCUGGUCACCAAGGAGACGGUGGGCACAUCGCCCAGAAUGCCGGGGGAGAUGGAAACUGGGGGGGAGUGUUUCGACGACGCAGACCUAUUUGCUUUUCCGGCCUGUUCCUCUGAGCCUCCUCCACUGUGCAGGGUUCAUCAGCCUAACGCUGAAGGCCAGACCGAAUGCGAGUCGACCUGCAUGCUGUCACAUAGCGACCCACGCAUGCAGAGCGACACAGGGACUGACACGAAGCAAGGCCUGUGCAGGAGGGGAGCAAAAAUUAUUAAUGCGAAUCGCUUAAAAACACCAGAAGGGGAUUCAGUAGCUGUUCAAAGGAUAGAGGUUUGGAAUGACAAUAAUGAAGAAAUAAUAAAUUUGCUCUUUGAGACUGUAAAGUCUGACAACUUUGCUAAGCUGGUCAAGAUUCACGAAGGAGGUGCCAAUCUUCUGGUUCAGGACCAGUUCGGCUGCACUCUUCUCCAUUAUGCAGUCGACACCGGCAAUAAAGAGAUGGUGAAGUACAUCAUUGAGAACGCUCCUUCUUGUAUCCUGGAUGUGAUGGAAAAAGGAACAGGGAAAACUGCCCUGCACAAGGCAGCUGCGUUGUGCCAAAGGACCAUCUGCGGUUACCUGGUGGAUGCAGGUGCGUCCCUCAUGAAGACAGACCUACAGGGUGAAUCUCCGAAGGUGUACGCGGAGAAAGCUCAGGACUUCAUACUGGCCGAGUAUUUGGAAAACCGGCAGCACUACCAGAUGAUUCAAAGAGAGGACCACGAGACCGCAGUUUGAACCACAUCUAAACCACAGAGGCUCGAGUCCGGUCCAUCCGGCUCGGGCACACGUUAGCCAUGUUAUGAUGCAGCAUGUUUGUUCGCUCGUUGUGUUGUAACGUGGAGAAGACAGUGUUUGUGUCAUGUUUCAGAAUGCAUGAGUUUGCUAUAUUAGUUAUCAAGGCUGCACAAAGCUGCAUCGCUUGGCUAAAAACAAUGUGCAGCGUUUUUUGGGAAUUUCAGGGCUGAAUUACUUUGAAUAAAAGUGGCUUUACUAAACUACUGUAAUAUAACGCAAACCAGAUGAACCUCACGAGAGAUAUUAGUUUUAACCGAGAGGAAAUGUUAGUUUUAUUAUACUACUGCUGCUUUUGGCUACUGUACAUUAGUUAUUAUAUUUAAUGCUGUUACUGAUAGCAUAUCAAAGGGUUUUACAGAUAUGCGUAGACUUAAGUUAUAUGACCGAAACAUCUGCAGACAUCUUUAGCUUGACUCUUACUCUCGAAUGUUUGUUCUAGUAGGAGAUAGAUGAUGUUUUUAUGGCCUCCUACGUUUAAGAAUGCUUCCUCAGCUGUGGCUUACGGGCAGUUUCUCUCUUUGUGGUAAAUGCUUGAAUUUACUCAAACAUUCCCUUAUUUACUACUACUAUUACUUUGAAUAUAGCAUUAAAUAAAUUUCGUGUGCAUCUUACCUUUACAUUCGUAAUUUAGUCUGUUAGUCGAUUUUACUGCCAUAAAUAUGCGACAUAGAUUGCGUUUCCUUCGUAGAUGGAAUCACAUUUCAUGAUAAAGUAUCUUCAUACUGACUACUUUAAAAAUAGCAUUUAAAUUUUAUUUCAGAUUUUAGGUUCACAACGUCACUCGACGACGUUUAGCAGCUACUUUGUCGCAUUUGCUGUCGGUUUUCCAGUCAAACCGACUAUGUUAAGUAUACAGAAUAGUCUUAAAGUGUCCUGCCGUGGCUCCUUAGGUUACACUCUUAUGCAGCGUACACACCAAACGCGAACCACCGCGUUUCUCGCUUUAGAUUACUCACGAGAUUUAACAAAUUUUUCGCUCGAGUUGAAUAUUUUCAACUUGCACAAAGCCGACGAAUAGCUAGCGCGUUGUUUCGCGGCAUUCGCGCCUCCUGAUUCACGUCAUUUGCAUUGAGUUUGCGCCUAUUUGCGUCUUUGCAUUGACUUUCUAUCUAAUCUACCUGUGCAAAUCGUUGAAUUCGCGUUUGGUGUGUAUGCCCAAUUAUAAAUAAAGGUUCCUGAUAAAGUUCUUCUAUGGCACCUAUAGCAUCUUUAUUUAUAAUGUGGCAUUCACACCAACCGCGGAAGAGGCGGCAAAAACGCACUUUUCGCGCGCAGUUGGACGCUUGAACAUUUUGAGUUAACUCGCUUCAUUCGUGCGUGAAAUUCUAUUCAUUCAAGACAUUCACAUGGAAAUUUGCGCCGUGGGAGGGGCUUCUGCGACUUCGCUUACUUCCUGUAAUCACGUGACUACUAGAGCAAGCCCAUUAUUGGUUACCGCAGCGCAAAUAUCCAGCAAAGUUCAGAUUUUUCAACUCACGCUUUUCCCGCGGCAACGAUUAUUCACGUGGAACGCGCCAUCCGCGCGCGCCUUCCGUCCAUUUCGCACCGCUAUAUUUGCGUGUACCGCGCCAUUAACGUGUGCCCUGCCGCAGGAUGCCUAUUCACGUCUUUGCAUUGACUUAACAUGUAAAUCAUUUUCGCUUCCGCGUCUGGUGUGAAUGCCACAUAAGAGUGCACUUGGUUAAUAUGGCCAUUGGAAGCCAUACAAAAAAGAGAGUUUAUCCUUUUGCACUGGUCUUUUAUAAAUAUAUAUUUAUGUCAUCGUCUUCAUUUAAAGAGUUAAAUUCUGAUAUAUUCAACUACUUACUUUAUUUACUUGUUAUGUAGACUAAAAUGCUUGAAUAAUGGCAGAAAAGCUGGUCUUAUAAAACAGCUAUUUGACAAUGUCGGGUUGUCUGCAUUUGUCAUAAACAUUGCCAUAGUGUGUUUGUGUUGUCAUUACAAUAGAGUAAAUGGUUUUUCAGUGCUUUGUACGAGUUGCUAUGCAAUUCCGAAUAGGUAAUACAUGUAUAUAAUCUGUCAAAGAUUUUAAAAACGUGUGAACAAUCUGUUCCGAUUUAUAAUCUUGCAUUUGUGUGUGUGUGAUAUAUAAAUUUAGAUCAAGAUAAUGCUUUAUUUAUAAGAUUAGAUAAGAAGUUUUUAGACGAAUAGUCAUGCAUAUGUUCUCUGGGGCUGGAUUGUUAUUGUCUACUUGAAAAUUGAAAUAAAACUAAAAAAAGUG